AGUUGACAGUGUCCACAGUCGUGGAGGAGUGCGGCGGCUAAGCUAACUGCUACCAUCGCAUCUAGCUACAUGUGGAGGGUAAAACGGGAGGCAUCCCUGACCCUAUCUCUGUCAAAUUUUCCCCUUUUUACCUGAAACAACGGUGAAGUUCGGCCUCGUCAAAAAUAAGGAAUAAUAUCUGUUUACAAUGAAAGGUAGCCGGAUCGAGCUGGGGGACGUUACGCCCCACAACAUUAAGCAGCUAAAACGUCUGAACCAGGUCAUCUUCCCUGUGAGCUACAAUGACAAGUUUUACAAAGAUGUACUGGAAGUUGGAGAACUUGCAAAGCUUGCAUACUUCAACGAUAUUGCAGUGGGUGCUGUGUGCUGCAGAGUGGACCACUCUCAGAACCAGAAGAGACUGUACAUCAUGACACUUGGCUGUCUAGCACCCUACCGUAGACUUGGAAUUGGUACAAAGAUGCUGAAUCAUGUGCUAAACAUCUGUGAGAAGGAUGGCACUUUUGACAACAUUUACCUUCAUGUGCAGAUCAGCAAUGAGUCAGCCAUUGACUUUUAUCAGAAGUUUGGAUUUGAGAUCAUCGAAACAAAAAAGAAUUACUACAAGAGGAUAGAGCCUGCAGAUGCCCAUGUGUUGCAGAAGAGCCUGCGCAGCCCGUGUGCACCCCCCACCGGAGAGCUCCAGAAGGGAGAGUAGGGGCACAUCAAUGGAAAGAGCACAGAUGUGCUCACCUACACAGAAACAGAACUGUGACAAUUGCCCCAGGGUCGACAGAUUCAACACUUUCUUCAAAGGACGCUAAAAAGAGAAAACAAAUUUAAAGUACAAAACUUGCUGCAUUUAUUUUGCAAAGGGUUCCCCUUUGAUUUUUGCAUAUUUUAUUGCUCCCCUUUCCUCAUACCGAUAAUUGAAAGUGACAAAAAAAAGUUCAGUAGCCAAAAGUGUUCCUAUUGACAACGUUGCCAACUUCAGACAGUUUUAGACUUGGUGGAGGGGGAGGGUGUGGUAUUUUCAAAUCAUACUGUUUGUGUUUGAGUUGUUUUUAUGCGGUUAUUAAAGCUAAGGGGACAUAUCUAUACUGUUCAGCAAAUAAAAAACAGUUUGUUUGAAGCGGUUAAGUGUUUGAAAGACCAUCACUGACACACAAAAUCCUAGCUGGUGCUCCUAGCAUUUUGGAGCGAUGCUUUUGAGUUGUUUUGUGGAAACGUCACAACUCUCUUCCUCACCACCUGAACCGUGGGAUUCAUGGGAAAUCACUUUGACCAGUUUUGUUGAUAUGUCCAUAGGGGAAAAAGCAAAGAAAUGCAUCCCCAUGUUUCGGGUGCAAGGAAGGCUGAACUGUUUGGGGUGGUGGUAAGAUGUGACCACCACUCAUAAUUUCUGAAAACUAUUUUCCAGCCUAUUCAUUUUAUUUAAUUCCCCUUCAGCUGUUUCUGUUAUUUUUUUUUAUUUUUUACAUUGAGAAGGCAAAAGGUUCAGAGGUUCUUCUGGGUUGACUACCAAAAGGGAAAAUAUUGAGGAGUGAGAGAAUAAAAAUAUUGCAUUGAAUGUGUACAAUGUUGUGAGGAAUGUCCAAAUAACAAUAGAUUGGCAGUUUUGAAUUUAAUUUGGGCAUUAUUUUCAGUGGUGCAACAAAGGUGUUAGGAUCCGUGUCUUGCGACACAUUGAACGGUUUUGAGACAUCUUGCCUUUGGCACCUUAUGUAGCCACCUUACAGAAAUGGUCUUCUCAUACUUCUGCCUCAGUCAGCCUGUGGUGUUUAAUUUGGUUUCGAGGCUGAUAGUUUUAGUUUGGCCAUUCAAACAAUGUAUCACCCAGAGGUAGCUCUGUUCCCUCUGCAUGCAAGGAGAAUUGUUUUCUCCACUGUAGUAUAAGCAUGUUUUUCCUUUCUUUGAAGAAUUUUAUCUUUUCUGGAGCUCUAUAUUGUAAGACUUUUUAACAUCUAAAUAAAGGAAUUACUAUUUGCA